AUGCUCGACGCCGAACGCUUCCCCCACCUCAUCGACCUCGUGUUCACGCACGCUGACCGUGCCGCCCUCCUUUGCCUCCGCACUGCUUCGAAGGACUUCAGCACACACGCCGACGCGUGCUUUCUGCACCACAUCCGCGUGACGUCCGCCACGAACCCCUGGUCCGACCCCGAGUUCUGGGAGUACGCCGUUUCCACGCCCUUCGGCCGUGCACCCCUCCUCCGGACUUGGCACGACGAUAUGGGCCGUUACGUUGCCCAUCUCGGCUUGUGGGUCGACCGCGCAGCACGUCGGGCUGCCGAGCGCAUGGUAACCGGCGAGCGGUUGGGUGGUUGGGAGAAGGCGUUGAGUGCCGUUCGCGUCCUCGAGAUGGUGGGCACAGUCGUGCCCGAUGGAGUGGGUGAGUUCACCUCCCUUCUCCCCAACCUCGAGGUGAUCAUAUUCACGGCGGCGGGAGAGGAGGACGCGGCGGACAUUGCACCGUUCGUGUACGCCUCCGCGCCAACCGCCGUCGUCCGCACAGCCGUGGACUGCGGGAGCCAUCCCAACCUCCCUCUCCCAGAGGUGGGGGACGACUCGUCCUUCCCCACUCGCCUGGUCAUCGUGGUCGAGUGCACGCCGCGCUCGUGCUGGCGCCUCGGGGUUAGCGCUAUGCUCGGCAUUCCGCUCGGCACGCUCGAGCUCAUCGUCGUGUGUGCCCGUGCUGGCGUUGGCGAGCCAGUCGAUGACGACCAAGUCGAACCUCUUGGCCUCCUGACCGACAUGGGCGAGGUAAUCGUCCACCACCUCCCCCACCUCGAGGUCACGUUCGUGGACGUGGAGCAUGCGUACCCCGGCCGCCUGGAGGUUAAGGCAGGCGAGCGGCGGGCUCGUGGUGAACUCCACCGCCUUGUCGACAGCGCCGAGCGCAAUGCCAAGAUUGACGCGGCGUUCCCGGACUGGAGCCAGGCUGACGCGCAUGUCGCGGUUGACGCCGUGCGUUUCCUAUCCCUUGCAGCGUACCGCGCCUCUGUCCGUGACGCGCGCUGGGUGCAAGAGAUGGGCUAUCAGUGA